UUUUGGGAUCCUUGCAGUAAAACAACGCCGCGAGUUAGGUUAGGCGUCAGAGGCAACAAAUACAGCCUCACGUUCAACAAACAAGAACAAAACUUACAGAACUUAGAAAAAAUGGGAAGUCACGCUAACGGUACUGAAGAUCUAUGACGAAGCCUUGAGGAAUGCUCCUUUGUCACGUGCUGCAGCAUCACUGACUUUACGGGCGGGUCUAGCGAUAGCACCAGAGCUCAGAGAAACUCGGCUGCAGCCUCAAGUGUGACCUGGAAGUGGAUUGACUUUAAGAAAACCACACAGCCAACAGCAACGUGAAGCACUUCUAACGAGACGAAAAAAAAAGACGUUUUAAAAUGCGGUUACACUUGCUGAACAGAGUGGCCUUGGCGGUCCAUAGGAUGCUUCAUACUCCAAGCAGUCUUCAGAGUGGUGUACAGUCUUAUACCAUGAAUGAAGGGCACUCUCAUUUGCACAUAAGUGAUGUGAGGAAUAAACUGAGAGAGAUUGUUGGAGUUUCAACAAACUGGAGUGAUCACCAGCAAGCUAUGAUAGAUAGAACCACUUUGAGUUCUUUACUUGCAAACCGACAGGAAGAUUUGCCUUCUCGUCGUAUAAAGGACAGCUACGUUGAGAUUCUCCUGCCUUUGGGAAGUCAGCCAAUAUUGCGAGAGAAAUAUCUCAAUGUUCACAAUAGUGUAAGAUUUGGCAGGAUCCUCGAAGAUCUUGAUAGUAUAGGAGUUCUCAUUUGCUAUUCUCAUACAAAAAGUGACAGUCAUCGCAGGUCUCCCUUGUCUAUUGUUACAGCUCUUGUUGAUAAAAUUGACAUGCGAAGAAAUAUUAUUCAUCCUGACUGUGACAUAAAAUUUACUGGAAAUGUCUCUUGGGUUGGAAAGACUUCUAUGGAAGUCAAAAUGCACAUGUUUCAGAACCAUAAUGAUAUAUAUAGUCCUGUCUUGGAUGCUACAUUUGUCAUGGUUGCUCGAGAUUCAGAAAACAAGAGGGCAGCUUUUGUAAAUCCAUUGAUAGUGGAAAGUCCAGAGGAGGAAGAAGUCUUUAAGCAAGGAGAAAUAAACAAAAAGAGAAGGACCGAAAUUAGUACAGCAUCAUUACUAAAAGUGGCUCCCACAGCUGAUGAGAGAAAGAUCAUUCACAGUAUGUUUCUCAACACUUUGGACUCCAAGACAGUUAGCUUUCGGAGCCGAUUCUUGCCACCAAAGUCGGUCUGGAUGGAAGAUGCUAAGCUGAAAGGACUUGAAAUUUGUCACCCACAGGAGCGCAACAUUUUCAAUAGAAUAUUUGGUGGCUUUCUAAUGAGAAAAGCAUAUGAAUUGGGAUGGGCAAAUGCUUGCACAUAUGGAGGAUCACGGCCUUAUGUUGUAGCUGUGGAUGACAUCAUGUUCCAAAAACCAGUUGAAAUUGGAUCACUGCUGUUCUUGUCCUCACAGGUUUGCUAUACAGAAGGAAACUACAUCCAGAUAAGAGUACACAGUGAAGUUUUUGAUCCAUCAACUUCUCAUCACAGUACUACCAACAUUUUCCACUUUACUUUUUUUUCAGAGAAGGAGGUUCCACAAAUUGUACCCAAAACAUAUGGAGAGUCGAUGUUGUACUUGGAUGGAAAACGGCACUUUGAUUUGACAGUUAAAGAUGUUUCAAUAAAUGGAAGCCCUCCUGCUUAAACGGAACUUCUGCUGCUGCUGAACACUGUGUGUAGAUUAUGGUCUUCAAGUGCUAUGUCUGUUUCUUUAAAGAAUUUACCUUAAAUUCCAUGUUAUGUUACGCUUCACAUGUUACAGUGCCAUUCGUUCAAAGCAGAUACUGCAAAAAACAAUGUUAGUUAUUUUUAAAGACACACUUUAUUAUUAUUUUUAAAAUAAUUUUAUUAUGAGAAAAAAUGGAUUUGUUUAUUUUGUAUGUUUUUGGAGUUUCUAAUCGGUGAAGUAUUCAUUCAUCAUUCCAGCCUUUUUCAUAACCUCAGUCACUGAAGGUCUGCUGCUGUCGCCACAACAAGGGGCAAACCUCCUUAGUAGGAUGUCUUUAUUUAUUAUGUACUGUAUGUAGUUUGAAAUUCAGUAUAAUCGUACAGUCUUAAGUCUAAAUACAUAAUUCUUAACAACAAACUCUUCAAGCUUGAUAAAGGGAGAGUGGACUGCUGUGGAAUGAGCAAAAAAAGAAAUCUGUAUAUUGACAGAUGUUUUUAAAAGCAACAGUGCCAUGAAAGGCAAUUGCACUUUAUGUACCUUAUUGACUUUAUUUUAAAAUUUGGUAGCAAUUGAUUUAUGUAUAAGGAGCAGGAAUUUAUAUAAAAAAAAAACUGACUUUCAAUUUUAACAUAAAUGAAGAAGACAUGUGCUUCAUACAGUUUUAUGCAAAAGUCUUAUGACACCCAAGAAAGGUUUUAGACCUGCCUGUCUGUCGGGUUAGUGUUUAUCUCCUCAUAGAAACUCCAUAUGACAUUCAAAUAAACACCGAUGCAGUAAAUAUUAACAA